AAGUCCGAGCGGAUAACAGUCGCUUUGGAUAGCCACUCUUAACUUCAUCUUGAUGCUCCGAAGGUGAAUGACAAUGGCUUCUUCAGUCACUGCCCCUGUUCAUACAAGCAACUUGAGAUCUGCCUUUUGGGGUGAGAGAAGUGGAGUACAUGUUUCCCAUGUUCCUGCCAUCCGUGUUGGUUUUGUGAGGAAGACUGUGGAAUGUAAGGAAUCUAGAAUUGGGAAGCAGCCAAUUGAAGUGCCAUCAAAUGUGACAAUCACAAUGGAAGGUCAAGAUUUGAAAGUAAAGGGUCCUCUAGGGGAGCUCGCAAUAACUUAUCCAAGUGAAGUGAAAGUUGAAAGGGAGGAAGCAGGAAUCCUAAGGGUCAAAAAAGCAACAGAAACAAGAAGGGCCAACCAAAUGCAUGGUUUAUUUAGGACUCUUACAGACAACAUGGUGGUGGGUGUAUCUAAAGGAUUUGAGAAGAGACUUCAAUUAAUUGGCGUAGGAUAUCGUGCAAUGCUAGAAGGGAAGGACCUGGUAUUAAUUCUUGGGUUCUCUCAUCCAGUUAGGAUGGCAAUCCCUGAUGGCAUUCAAGUGAAGGUGGAAGACAACACCAGAAUUGUUGUGAGUGGAUAUGAUAAGUCUGCCAUUGGUCAAUUUGCUGCUUCAGUAAGGAAAUGGAGACCACCAGAGCCGUAUAAAGGUAAAGGAGUGAAAUAUGCUGAUGAAGUGGUUAGAAGAAAGGAGGGCAAAGCAGGGAAGAAGAAGUAACAGAAUUGUUCUUGUGCUUUUUGGAUUGUUUACUCCCAUUAUGGCUGCCAAGUUUCACAGCUGUAUGAAGUAUACUGACCUGACAGUUGGAAAAUUCAAUAUAUAAGUGGUAAUUUAUCUUUCAUUCUUUUGUAUUUUCACCUUCAGUUUUGCUUCAAGUGCAGAGAAUUAACUAAUGAAUGAUCAGUUAUUAUGGUUGAC